GAGCGAACGCCGAAACUAGCCGAACUAGUACAAGACUGAAGAAAUCAAGAAACUAAAAAUCUGUCGUUCACCUUAGUGAUGUAAAUUUUGAAAAUUCAACAAAAUGAUAAUGUAAAAGCUUAAUAAGACAAUCUUGUUUUGAUUUUAAUUGUAUCUUAGUGAUAUUGUUUUGACUGUAACACCCAUAACUCUGUAUUUCGUCGGCAAAGUGAGAGAGUUCAGUGCGAGUGCAAGGGUGGUAACGAGAAAUGUGAAGUAUCUAUGAAGUUCAGGAUUCUAAAGCCUUUUAUUUUAUACCUAUAAUAAUGAGCGGACGCCCUAGGACCACGUCAUUCGCCGAGGGCAGCAAAUCCGUUCGAAAGACAUUCGAUAAUCAACCACCAAAACCACUAGGAGGGGUAAAAAUCAGCAGCGACGUGGAAACUCCUAAAAAGGCCGAGCUGGGUACGGAAAAGAAGGGCGCUGCGUCGCGCAAGGACGGCUCAAAGGUGACGACUGUGGUGGCGACGCCGGGGCAAGGCCCCGACCGGCCGCAGGAAGUGAGCUAUGCUGACAUGAAGCUCAUCGGUAACGGCAGCUUCGGCGUCGUCUACCAGGCCAAACUAUGUGACACCGGCGAGCUCAUUGCCAUAAAAAAAGUGCUCCAGGACAAAAGGUUUAAGAAUCGAGAACUUCAAAUUAUGCGACGGCUGGAGCACUGUAAUAUUGUUAAAUUGAAAUACUUCUUUUACUCUAGUGGAGAAAAGGCGGCAGUGCCCGCAGCAGUCAGUACGUUGUUAAGCGCAAUGCAGUCUAUUGAAGUCACAAAGGACGAAGUGUACCUGAACCUGGUGCUGGAGUAUAUCCCCGAAACUGUGUAUAAAGUGGCACGUCAUUACUCCAAAGAUGAACAAACCAUACCCAUUAGUUUUAUAAAGCUGUACAUGUACCAGUUGUUCAGAAGUCUGGCGUACAUCCACUCGCUCGGCAUCUGCCACCGGGACAUCAAGCCACAAAACUUACUGCUGGACCCCAAGACGGGCGUCCUCAAACUGUGCGACUUCGGCUCGGCGAAGCACCUCGUGCGCGGCGAGCCUAACGUCUCGUAUAUCUGCUCGCGUUACUACCGCGCGCCGGAACUUAUUUUCGGCGCUAUAGAUUAUACCACUAAAAUUGACGUGUGGAGCGCGGGCUGCGUGGUGGCGGAGCUGCUGCUCGGCCAGCCCAUCUUCCCGGGGGACUCCGGCGUAGACCAACUCGUGGAAAUCAUCAAGGUCUUAGGCACUCCCACGCGGGAACAGAUCAGAGAAAUGAACCCGAACUACACAGAAUUCAAAUUCCCUCAGAUCAAGAGUCAUCCAUGGGCGAAGUAUAUGUUGGAGCGAAUGACCAUGCCCAAGAAUCUCACUGACCACCAGCGCCUUCGAGUGUUCCGAGCGUGCACGCCGCCGGACGCCAUCUCGCUGGUGUCGCGGCUGCUGGAGUACACGCCGGGCGCGCGGCUGUCGCCGCUGCAGGCCUGCGCGCACAGCUUCUUCGACGAGCUGCGCGAGCCCGCCGCGCGCCUGCCCAACGGCCGCGCGCUGCCGCCGCUCUUCAACUUCACGGAGUACGAGCUCAGCAUCCAGCCCAGCCUCAACGACUUCCUCAAGCCGCGCGACCCGCCCGCCGGCGGCGCGCCCUCCGCCAGCCACCAGCCCGACCUGGACCAGGAGUCGCACCCGCCGGGUGAGUCGCCACUGCGAUACAUUCCUACACUAACCCGACACUGUUCAACUUCACGGAGUACGAGCUCGGCAUCCAGCCCAGCCUCAACGACUUCCUCAAGCCGCGCGACCCGCCCGCCGGCGGCGCGCCCUCCGCCAGCCACCAGCCCGACCUGGACCAGGAGUCGCACCCGCCGGGUGAGUCGCCACUGCGAUACAUUCCUACACUAACCCGUCACUGUUCAACUUCACGGAGUACGAGCUCGGCAUCCAGCCCAGCCUCAACGACUUCCUCAAGCCGCGCGACCCGCCCGCCGGCGGCGCGCCCUCCGCCAGCCACCAGCCCGACCUGGACCAGGAGUCGCACCCGCCGGGUGAGUCGCCACUGCGAUACAUUCCUACACUAACCCGUCACUGUUCAACUUCACGGAGUACGAGCUCGGCAUCCAGCCCAGCCUCAACGACUUCCUCAAGCCGCGCGACCCGCCCGCCGGCGGCGCGCCCUCCGCCAGCCACCAGCCCGACCUGGACCAGGAGUCGCACCCGCCGGGUGAGUCGCCACUGCGAUACAUUCCUACACUAACCCGUCACUGUUCAACUUCACGGAGUACGAGCUCGGCAUCCAGCCCAGCCUCAACGACUUCCUCAAGCCGCGCGACCCGCCCGCCGGCGGCGCGCCCUCCGCCAGCCACCAGCCCGACCUGGACCAGGAGUCGCACCCGCCGGGUGAGUCGCCACUGCGAUACAUUCCUACACUAACCCGUCACUGUUCAACUUCACGGAGUACGAGCUCGGCAUCCAGCCCAGCCCCAACGACUUCCUCAAGCCGCGCGACCCGCCCGCCGGCGGCGCGCCCUCCGCCAGCCACCAGCCCGACCUGGACCAGGAGUCGCACCCGCCGGGUGAGUCGCCACUGCGAUACAUUCCUACACUAACCCGUCACUGUUCAACUUCACGGAGUACGAGCUCGGCAUCCAGCCCAGCCUCAACGACUUCCUCAAGCCGCGCGACCCGCCCGCCGGCGGCGCGCCCUCCGCCAGCCACCAGCCCGACCUGGACCAGGAGCCGCACCCGCCGGGCGAGAGCGCGGCCGCGAGCGGGCCGAGCGGCGGCUCGCCGGGCGCCUCGUAGGCGGCGGCGGCGGGGGCGGCGCCGCUCGACGCGGUGCCGUCGGCCGGAGCCGAGCGAACCUCUCCGAUACGGAAUUUAGAUUGAGAGUCAUUCGUAUGCUAACUAGAGAUAGUCCUUUUUAUUGGCCGUCGGGGAUAAAUUUUAUGCAUAAUAGGUGUUUUCGGCGAGUUAUCGUGUGAUACUGUAGUGUGGUUGUCGAUAAAGCUUGAGCUGUCGUAGUCGGUGAGAAGGGUAAAUCCGCUGUAGAUUCUAAACCGUCGCGAUGUGAUUACUUUGUACUUUUGUAAGCUCAAAUUGUCUCUUUGUGUACAUACCUUAAAUGUUGAGUUGGAAAGUAAUAUUUACCGGAUAAACGACAGAUGAUCAUCUGGAGCCGUGUUUUGUUCGUUUCUUGUACUACCGUCACGGGAUCGGGGCCGCCGCCGGUCCGACAGCGACACUAUUACGAGCGUAACCUUGCUUGGCCGUGUAAUCAGUAGGGCAGACAUAUUCUGUAGUGCAUUAGUGUAUUUAUUGUUGGAACGUAUCACUAACUCAUAAAACUUACGAAGCGUAUGCCUAGUGUUAUUUCAACGAUGAAACUUAGCAGAUGGUACAUUUUUCGCAUUCAUAGGGAGCAUACUUGUAAAUUUUUAUAACUAGCAUAAACUGAUCUCUCGAGAUAAUUUAUAAUGUUUAAUGAUAACUCGGAAUAUUGUAGUUGUAUAAACAAUUCAGAGAAUAUAAUUUUUUUUAGAUUUACUACAUUAUAGAUUUUUUCGGGCAACUUCUAUAUGUAAUAACCUUUUUUUAUUGCGGUGUACCUUAUUAAGUCUUAUCCAAAGCUGGAUAAAUGUAAUCUAUUUAAUAGCACUGUCGAUGUCCUAAUGUAACGACAUAGUUUUUUCGAUAAUAUUGUAUUCUAUAUUCAAUAAAUGAUAUUUCUAUUAUAUAAAAAAAUUGUCAUUGAAAACACUAUGGUUAUUAGUAGUCAUUUAUGAAACGGUGUAUAAAUAAAGCUAUUUUCAUUGUCAUAGUUUUUAAGUACGUAUGCGAACUAAUUUCGUUUUGCACUUCAAUUGGGCAUAAAAAAAAUUUAGGUAAAGGUAGUAAACCUUUAACGUAGACUAUCGGAAUCUUUAUUCGUGGAAUACGUAGUCUCAGCGCGCGGCCAUCGGCUUAGUCGCGAAUGCGCGCCGACUUACGAAUAGAGGCAUUUGGAACUUAUGCAAUGUAGGUUAAAAUUAUAGCGUUCUUCAUCGGAAUACUUUCCCUUCUCUUCUAAGAUAUUGCUUCGUGAGAAAGGUUGUCUCAUUAAUUUUCCAUUUUCUUUAAAUAUGGAUAUGUCAUUAACGAUAUAAUUGUUGUAUUUGUGUAUUCGGGUGAUGUGAUAGGUAGCUCGGACACCUAAACAGCCUACGUAAUGUUAUAACCUAUCCGUUAGUAGCACGGUCACGACUCACGUCCUAGUAAUGAUUACAGUUGAUCGAAAGUUUUAAAGCUUAACAAGUGUAUAUUCGUCGCAAUCUCGACGUUAUAAAUAGUCAAAAAAUUGUGAAAGUAACGUAUCGUUACAUAUACUUCGCGAUGAUUUUAUCUUUUACAUGUAAUGAAAUGUAUUUGCUAGAUUUGUUUUUCUUUUUAGCAUGCACUGCCUCGUACUUCCAAAAUCCUUGUUUUACCUUUGAACCCUGAAACGCGAUGACUUUUAAUUAGCUGUAAAAUUAUUGUAUCUUAAGGGAUGUAUCAUCGCCAUUCGGUGAGCGCGCGGCGCAUCGAUUUGAAAUCACACCUAGUGGAGCUUAGUUGUCGUCAAUAAGGCUAUUGAUUUGCUGACACCUUUAUAUGUCUUGUAAAUAUAUUAUAAUUAUCUUUGUGGUAUGACUCUGAGUGCCGUUUAUCGGUUAUCGGGUGGGCGUAGGCCGACCGGGCCUGCUGCCGGGCGUCUGCCGCCUAGUACCGGGUGUCUGCCGCCCAGUACCGGGUGUCUGCCGCCCAGUACCGGGUGUCUGCCGCUCAGUACCGGGCGUCUGCCGCCCAGUACCGGGCGUCUGCCGCCCAGUACCGGGCGUCUGCCGCUCAGUACCGGGCGUCUGCCGCCCAGUACCGGGCCCCCGCAGCCUGCGACUGCCGGCACCGCUGCGGACUCGGGGAAGUAGUUUAGAUACGCAUAUUUUUAUUAAGUCUAUCUAAUAUGGAUUUUGUAAUCGACGUUGCUUCUAAAGACCCUCUGUGUAAAAAGAUUAAGACAUACUAGUGACCUGAAUGUAUGAAAAUGAUGUUUAUUGAACUUUAUCCCACUGAAUUCUCACUCUCACGUUUUGCGUGCACAUUUACUACCUUUAUGAGAAUUUCCGUAUAUACACAUAGUUCGAAAUGGGGUUAUGACUUAUAAAUUAUUUAAAGUAAAAGGACUUUUUAUUAUUACUAUUACUGUAAUAUUAAAUUUAAUAGUGAGUGAAAUUUGUAUUUUGUUUUAAAUUUGUUUAACUGAAAUUGAAUACAUCAUAACACCCAUAUCGUUGUUAGUUAUGAAUGAAAAUAACAUAAUUAUAAAAGUAAAUAUUAAAUGAAUAGUAUA